AUGUCUUGUGAUCGAUCAGAAUCAACGCAAAAUGUUCCAAAUCAUAUGGAAACGAUUAAUGAUGAUACACCAUUGUAUUAUUGUGAUAGAAAUAACAAAUCUAACAAUUGUAACACAAGAAAAGCAGAACAAUCACUUUAUGCAGUAUCAGGGGUAACAGUGAUAUUUAUAAUAAUUGAAUUUUUGGGUGGCUAUUUUGCUAAUAGCCUAGCAAUUAUGACCGAUGCUGGCCAUAUGGUUUCUGAUUUAUUAAGUUUUUGUGUUGCAAUUAUUGCUAUUAAAUUAGCACAAAAAAAGCCAACAAAACGUUUACCAUUUGGAUAUUAUCGUGCUGAAAUAUUGGGCGCAUUAAUUAGUGUAAUAAUGAUUUGGGCGCUAACAGCCAUACUUGUUUAUGCAGCUAUUAAACGAAUAAUUGAACAAAAUUUUGAUGUUGAUGCAACAGUUAUGCUAUAUACAGCAGCGAUAAGUGUACUCUUCAAUAUUAUUAUGGGCGUUAUUUUACAUUUUGGUAAAACAGCGCACACACAUUUUGGACUGUCACAUAGUCAUGGAAAUGAGAAAACAUUUCCAAUUGAUUUAGAGGAUGGUACAUGUAAAGUUUAUCAAAAUAAUAUAAAAGAUAUCAGAUGUGAGCAAGAUAAUAAUGCAAAUAUUAUUAAAACAAUUAAUGUUACCGAUCAUGACAAUUCUAUGUUUGAAUUUGGCAGUAAUAUUAAUAUUCGAGCUGCAUUUAUUCAUGUUCUUGGUGAUUUAUUACAAUCACUUGGUGUAUUAUCUGCUGCAUUAAUAAUUAAAUUUACUAAUUAUCCUUUAGCGGAUCCUAUUUGUACAUUUCUUUUUUCACUUCUUGUUAUGCUAACAUCAUUCUCGGUAGCUCGAGAUUCGAUACUUAUUUUGAUGGAAGCAUCUCCGAAACAUAUUAAUGUCGACAAACUGUACAAUGAAUUAUGUGCUAUUGAAGGAGUACGAGAUGUACAUUCGCUUCGAGUAUGGUCAUUAACUAUGGAUAAAGUGGCAAUAUCGGUACAUUUGGAUAUCGAAAAAAGUUGUGAUUCCAAUCAUGUAGUGCAUGAGGCUAAUGAAAAACUAAAAUUAAAACAUGGAAUUCAUUUUAUCACUAUUCAAGCACAAUGUGUAUGUAAUCGAAGCAUUUCAAAUCAAUCAUUUUCAACUGCAGCAACAGCAGUUGAGCAUAUUUUGCGGAAGUAG